GCUGCCAUGAUGCAAAACUUGGUUUGAAACCAAAGUAGGAGCUGAAGAGGAGGGUAAGAGCACACCCUCUGUCAUCAUCUUCAUCUUCAGAGGACGAUGAUGAUCCACCUCCUAAGAUUGACAGAACAAUUGGGUUGGACAGAGUGAGGCAUGAAUAUGGACAAGAAAAACUGUCUGAAAUGAUGGAACAGAGAGAAAUGUCACAAAGAACAGACACAUAUGCGCCAUUGCCCAGUUCACAGUUCAUUGAAUCACAUGUUGAAAACCUGGAUCCUGUACCAUCAACCACUAAGACAAACGGAGGAAGCCUGCAAAGGAAACUUGAUGCCAUGAAGCAAAUGAAGAUGAAGGCUGUAGAGGGAAAAAGAGAAGUGGCAGAUCAAGCAAAAUUUGAUGCUGCUAUGAAAGAUCUAGAGGAAAUAGAAGCUAGAAGAAAAGAAGAACUAGAGAAGAAGGCAGCUGCCAUACAAGAAAAGAAGGUUGUAGCAGCAGAGAAGAAGAAAAUUGCAGCUGAAGCUAGGCAGGUUACAGCAGCAGAGAGGCAGAAAAUUGCAGAAGAGAAGAAGAUUGCAGCUGCAGCUGAGAAGAGAAGACUUGCUGAGGAGAAGAAGAAAGAGGCUGCAGAGAAGAAGAAAUCAGCUAUGGAGAGGAAAGAGGCUGCUCAAGCUGCUGCCUCUGCUAGAAGAGCUGCUGGAGCUGGAACAUCUGGCCGUGCAGCAAAGAAAGGAAGAAAAGAUUCCAUGUUUGACUAUCUGGCUGGGUUUUAAGGCUGUAGAGAGGCUGCUGUUUUAACAGACCUGUAAUGCACUAAUUAAUGUUGGUUAUUUCUGUCAUAAAACUGUAAUGCACUUAUUCUGGGCCACUCUUUCAUUUUGGUGCUUAUGGUCUAGUUCAAACGUUGUUGAGA